AUGGGUUUCUGGUCGCGAAAAUCAUCUCCUCCUCUCCGUCACCUCAGCGGGAGAAUGUUAAAUCGAAACAUAAACCUGCUUCGAAGAAAGUGGCUUCUCCUCCUCCUCCUCCUCCUAAACCCAAAUCAAAACCAGAAUCAAAACCAAAACCGAAAUCCAAACCCAAACCCCGGCUACAACAACCUACGCACGCGCGGCGCGGGAGAACUCACCGAUCCCCCGCUGACCCCCCACGGCAAAUCCCAAUGUGUAACCCUGCGCAGACAAUUUUCGCACCUCCGUCCCCAACACAUUCUCUGCUCUCCUCUGCGACGCACACUCCAAACCGCACUCCGAUCCCUCUCCCCCCGCACCAAGAUCCCUAUCAUGCUCGAUCCGGAGCUGCGCGAAUACGGGUCCGUGCCGAAUUGUACGGGGACGCCAGUGGCGGAGCUAAGGAGGAGGCAUGAGGGGGUGGGGAUGGGGAUGGGGAUGAAGGUGAAGGUGGAUUUUGAGAGGGUGGGGGAGGGCUGGGAGAGGAAUGGAGAGAGGGAUGGGGGGUUUGUGGGGGGGAGGUGGAGGAAGAGUAGGGAGCAGAGGGAGAGGAGUCAGAGGGUUUUGGAGAGGUUGUGGGAGCUUGGGAGGGAAGGGUUGGAGAGGGAGAGGAAGAGGGGGGAGGGGAGGGAUGUGGAGAUUUUGGUUAUUUCGCAUGGAGAGUUUUUGCAUGGGUUGACGGGGGAUUACUGGCACAACGCCGACAUCAUCUCCCUCACCAUGAUCAAAAGUCGUCGCGGCUAUGGAUUUAUCGAUCCGCCGAUUCGGUUGCGUAUCAUUGAUUUUAUUUGGUAUUCUUUGUUUAUUCUUAUUUCUAUUUGGGAAGGUGGGGGGGAGGAAGGGGAGGGGAGGGGGAGUUGGUUUGGUUUGGUUUGUUAA